AUGGCCAAAAUGCUUGGAGCCUAUAAGAACACGAAUCAGAGAGAAGACCCCACAAAAGAAUUAUUGUUCCAAGGACGCAGGUAUGCCGCCCUCUGCCCGCUACCCUCUGCCCUCUGCUUUGUUGACAGGGAGAAGGCACUCGUUCCAACAACAUUUGGGCGGUACUCCUCGUAUGAGGAGUUUGUCACAGGCCGAUUAUUUGGGCCUGGACGGAACAAAAAGCUAGAGAGUAUGAUAAAGAAUUAUAAAGAGUGUGAUGAGUACAUGAGGAGAUUGAGUUGGAAUAUGGAGUAG